AUGGCCAGUCAAUCAGCACAGAAUGGCGCCCCGCGGCCAUCCGCAGACCUCCCUCCGGCCAUGGCCGAAAUCCAGUCUCAGAGCGCCGACGACGUGCUGCGAGAGAUGAACCGGCUGCCCCUCUUCAUGACCACCUUGGAUGAGACGGACGGCGAAGGCGGCGAGAACGUUGCUCUGGAGGCGCUCAAGGCGCUGGCCUAUGAAGGCACGCGGGCUGAGGUUGCCGAGAACUUCAGACAGCAGGGGAAUGACUGCGCAAGAGCAAAGCAGUGGGCCGACGCAAAGGAGUUCUAUGACAAGGCCAUUGCAGCCUUACAUGGGCCGCAGACGAAGCCCGACGACGAUGUCGAUCAGCAGACCAAGAUUGAAGUGGAAUUUGACGAGGAGGCGGAGAAGGACAAGGAGAGGAGGAUCGAGGAGGCAUGCUACGUGAACCGCGCGCUGUGUAACCUGAUGAAGAAGAACUAUCGCUCCUGCAUCUCCGACUGCGCCUCCACCCUCCGCAUCAACCCCUCCAACAUAAAAGCCUACUACCGCUCCACGCUCGCCUGCCUCUCUCUCGACAAACUUCCCGAAGCCCUGGACGCCUGCACCCGUGGCCUCGCACUAGACCCCUCCAACACCGCCCUCCAAGCCCUCAAGACCCAGAUCUCCGACCGCCAGAAACAGCUCGACGCGCAGGCCAAAGCUCGUAGAGAGCGGGAAGAGCGUAAAGCCUCUGAGAAGGCGACGCUGAGUCUUGCAUUGAAGAGCAGAGGGAUCCUGACGAGAAGUACAGACGAAGCGCCGGAUCUGGAGGAUGCGGCCGUCAAGUUGGCGAACCCUCUCGAUCCGAGCUCCGAGCUGUCGUUCCCUGUGCUGCUACUCUACCCGGCGCAUUCCCAGUCCGACUUUGUCAAAGCCUUCUCAGAGAAGGAGAGGUUGGACCAGCACCUGGAGUACAUAUUCCCGCUGCCAUGGGACGCGGAACAGGAAUACACCGUGGAGGGUGUGGAAGCGUACAUGGAGACGGCAGCGGGUGGGCUUAUCAAGGCAGGCAAGAAGAUGGCGCUGGGCAAGGUCCUGGGGUCAGGCAAAGUCGAGGUCGUGGAUGGCCUGGUCAGGAUCAGUGUGUUGCCAAAGGCGAAGUCCUCGACGUGGAUCGAGGACUUCAAGCAGAGAAGAGCGCGAGGAUGA